CUCACUGCUCCAGCGGGCAGACUGCAGAUAGGCCACGGCGCUCCUACUUUAUAGGAACCUUCCGUGGCGGAUUGGUGGCAAUCAUGAAAUCCACAUAAAAGAUCGGCAACAUUCAUAUGUAAGCCAGUUGCCUAAUAAACGUGAGUGAGUUCAAAGAGUUCCAAUCAAAUUACACGACAAAUACAAGUAGUUAACGUACUAACGGCCAAUUUGUUCGAUUUCAAUCUCUUCGGGAAAAAUAAGUAAAUAUGAAAGCCAUACUCAUCCUAGUCGCCUACGUCAGCUUGGCCGCAGGACAGUUUAUUAUCCAACCCGUGCCACUCGUGUACCAACGUAGUCAAGUACCGCAGGAAGUGUCUCUGGCCCACCGUGCUGUUGUGGAAAAUGCUUUAAGAGAAUCACAGUUGCCACCGGAAUAUCUAAAUAAGUUUUACAAAAACCCGAAAAUUGCCGAAGCACUGGCCAAAGAGUCCUGGUUCACGGAUAAGGAGAUGCCCGUUUUCGAUCGCGUUGCAGAAAAAAUCCCACGAGAAAGAAUAUUCAAAAUUUUCAAAGGUGCCGGAUGGAUUCGGCGAAGAUAAUUUUCUUUGGCCAUAAUCGGUUGUUACUUGUUGCCACAAAUUUACCAAUCUUAGAUGUAAAAUGUAAUUUAUUGAAUGAUAUUAAAGCCAUUUUUUGUUACUUUA